CCACAAAACUUUGAACCUACGAGACAGUUUUGAAGACAAGAAAAUGAGCGUAUCGGCAGCAGAAGCUGCAGAGUACCAUUCCAAAGACUUCGACUGGGAAACACUCCGACAAGAAAUAGAAACCGAUCCUUCUCUUACCUACCAUCUUCUCCCUUUCGUUUCCCCACAACCGCAGCAACAGGUUUCAAAAGAUCCAAUAAAAGCAUGGCAAAGCUUUCACAUUCAACACUCUUCUGGCAAAUUCUUCAAGGAGAGGAGGUACUUGUUGAAAGAAUUUCCAGAGCUGGUUUCUUGUGGAGAUGAUUCUAAGGUUUUAGAGGUUGGCUGUGGAAAUGGCAGUACUGCGCUUCCUAUAUUGCGAGGCAAUGACAAAAUUAUUCUAUAUGCAUGCGAUUGUAGCAACGAGACCCUACAGAGAGCUAAAGAGUUUGUAGUUGCUAGUAAUGUAGCAUUAGUUGAGCAUCGUUUCUGCCCAUUCUAUUGUGAUUUUGCAACAACUGGGUUUCCAAAGUGGUUGGCUUGUGAUUAUUGCAGAGAAAAUUUUGGAGAAAAGAAUCCAAACUGCAUUUCAGAUGUCAGAGAAGAAAGAACCCUUGAAACUGAUUCACUGUCAAUGGGAGAAAGAAGUUCUUGCAUUGGUGGUGUGGACUUUAUUACUUUGAUAUUCACAUUAUCAGCAGUACCGUUCCAAAUAAUGCCAACAGCUCUCAGAGAGUGCUUUUCUGUCUUAAAGCCUGGUGGCAUGCUCUUAUUUAGGGACUAUGGUCUCUAUGAUAUGACCAUGCUGAGAUUUGAAGCAGACCAAAGAGUUGGGUUCAGGGAAUACACGCGCUCAGAUGGCACCCAUUCAUAUUUUUUCUGUCUAGAUACUGUCAGAAAUCUCUUUAUUUGUGCUGGCUUCAUUGAGCUUGAGAUUGAAUAUUGUUGUGUGAAGUCUGUGAAUCGUCGAAAUGGGAAGAGCAUGAAAAGAGUAUGGGUACAUGGUAAAUUCCAGAAGCCUGCAUAAAUUUAUUGGUCAGCAGCUCUACUUGAGAAUACCAACAAAAUAACUUGUAUGAGUUUCGGAUUCCUUUUGAUUUUUGGAACAAGCUGAAGGAAAUUGCUGAUGGACUUUUCUUAUCUCUGUUUAUGCUUGUUUUGGUUUACAAUUUCAUGUAGAGGGCAUUGUACAUUGAAUAAAUUAUUGAGAUUCAGUUAUCAUGUUUCCCAUAAGACAUCCUAAAUCUGUUGCGACGGUUCUGACCCUGCAAAAUGAUAUCUCCAGUCCAAUUGCAUGGAGAACAAAACAUGAAGUUAUCUGAACCUUUCAGAGUAUAUAAUAUAACUAAUGUUUUGUAUCGUUUAUUCAUAUGUCAAAUAAAUAAGUCCUCAGUCAAGACAAAUCCGAUUUUAGGGCCUUGGACACUUAUCUUUACAUAAUCAUAC